CCUCAAUUCACAUUGCAAAUGGCAUCCCAGAAUAUCCAAUCAAUCGAUCUAUCGUCUCUUCCUUUCACAUUUACCGAGCGGAUCUUUCAACCAGUAUUCUCUUUCACUCCUAUCAGGAAGCUCAUCCAGCUCCUCUACAUCUGCAGCACCUCCUCUCUCGUCGCCUUGGCCAUCGGCCUCAAGGCUCUCGGACUUCUCAGCGGUACUCCGCCACUUACUUCAGAUGAGAAGGAGCGGGGACUACAUCUUCUUGGACGUGACCAGACAUAUGGCCGACACGAGUUCGUCUCAACACCUGACGGUCAAAAGUUACACGUCGUCAUUGCUGGACCAGAAGAUGCGAAGGAUACAAUUCUUCUGAUACAUGGCUUUCCAGAAUGCUGGUACAUGUGGAGGACGACAAUGCCUUGGCUUGUUGAACAAGGAUAUCGCGUGUGCGCAGUGAACAUGCGAGGCUAUGCGCUCAGCUCCAAACCCGAAGGGUUCAAAGCGUAUGAAGUACAACAUCUCGUGAAUGAUAUGGUCGCCGUUGUUGAUUAUCUCAACACGCCCAGGACACACGUCGUCGCACAUGAUUGGGGAGGUAUCGUUGCAUGGACCCUCCUUCACCAGCAUCCCACUCGCAUACAAUCACUCACUAUCAUCAACUCACCACAUCCACUCUGUUUCCGAAGAAACACGACUCCAAGCCAGUUGCUACGCUCAUGGUACAUCUACUCAUUCCAGCCGCCAUACCUGGCAGAGAAGCUCAUGGUGGACUAUUCAUUUGACUUUGUGGAGGAUAAGGAUGCAAGGUUAGUAUAUCGGUCGAAUGUCACGGAUGAAGGCACGUUGACGGCAAUGGUAAAUUACUACCGAGCCUUUGCGCGAGGUAGAGAGAUCAGGUUGCCGGAGUUGGGUGUCAAUGGGCAGCGCGUGCCUCCCGUCAUGGUGAUUUGGGGCGAAAACGACACGGCAUUGGGAUUGAAAGAGUCGUUGGCUGGCGUCGAGAAGUCCGUCGAAGGCGUCCAGGUACGACAGGUGAAGGGUCGCUCGCACUGGAUCGUCGAGGAGGAAGACGGGAGAUAUGUUAAGGAAGUACUUGAUCCAUGGUUGAAGGAACAUCACCGUUGAAUUACUCUACUUAUUUUUGCUUUCGAUACCCCGAAUAUGCCUGUGGCGCAGUGACUGCGGCGAGACCCCCCUGCGCUGCGCGGC